CUGGUGUUCUGUCAUCAACGAUCUUUACAUCUUGCUAGCGCCUCUUGGCGUACCGUGUCCAGGAGCCACGAGCUCGAUGUAUCCGGAUGACCCGGUUGUGGUCUGGUGCUGGGUGAGCGAUGCCGGAUCCGAUCAGCUGAAAGCAGCGCGACGUCUGAGACGAGUCAUGC